AAAAAUAAAGCCCCCUUCCAGCUACACCACACAGCACAGUCAACAGAACCUAACUCCACCUACCGUGUCCGAUCUGGCCUCGACCCGAAAAGAAGACUCCACCUCCGCCCAACGAUUCGAAGAAAAACUCUCCACUCCCUCUACCUUCCUUCGCUACCUCCCGACCAUCAUCAAUAACAAGUCGCUUCGACUCUUCACCGUCGUUAUCUUCAGUUGCGACCGGUAGUCGUCGCCGUCGUCAUCGUUGUCGUCCGUCCGAGCCCGCAUCCGCUCCUGCCCCCUACUCCUCCGGCCAGGGCGUUACCAUCGUACACGACCCCUUAUCUUCCGACACCCACUCGUCGCCAUGGGGCUUGUACGGCAGCUCCUCCAACGGCUUCCGUCCAAGAAGACGCUCGAUGAGAUCGCACAAUACCAUCGGCUCUCGCCGCGGUUAGCUUUCCUGCGGCGCCGCAUACGACUAAAAGGGAGCUCGACAAUAACGAUGCCCCUCGGCAUGGUAUUGCUGUUCCCGUUCACAAUAGUCAUGCUGUUGCUCGUGCUCUUCGUGCGGCACCCUAAUUCUCCGGGCCGAAUGCUGAUGCCCUCGAGCGGACCGCCGGCCAUAAGACGGAUAAGCGAGAAGUACGAUAAAGUCUUCGCUACGGGAUGUCUCGAACCGAAAACCGACGGACCUCGGGAGAACGCGGUGAUCGUAGUCCUGGCCCGGAACAAGGAGCUCCCCGGUGUGCUGCAGUCCCUUCGGCACAUGGAGCGGCACUUCAACCGAUGGUUCCACUACCCGUACGUGUUUCUGAACGACGGCGAGUUCAACGACGAGUUCAAGAACACCGUCCUCAACUACACGACCAGCAAGGUGGAGUUUGGCCAGAUCGAUCCGCUACACUGGGGUUUCCCCGAUUGGGCGGAUGUGGAUGAGGUUGAGGAGGCAAUUGCAAAGCAGGGUGACCAGGCCAUCAUGUACGGUGGUAUGGCCAGUUAUCAUCACAUGUGCAGGUUCUAUUCGGGACAAUUUUGGAAGCACGAGCUUCUUCUGAAGUACGAGUGGUACUGGCGCUUGGAGCCAGAUAUCGAGUUCUUUUGCGAUAUGACUUAUGAUCCUUUCGUCGAGAUGAGGAAGAAUAACAAGACGUAUGGAUUCACGAUCGCGGUCAAGGAAUUGCGGGAAACCGUUCCCAACCUCUUCCGGUACGUGUCGGCAUACAAGCGCAACAACAACAUCACAUCCAAGGGAAUGUGGGAGAUGUUUGCGGAGAAGCGGGAGAAGAAGGAGGACCAAGAUACCCUGCCGGAAGAUGUCCUCAAGCUCGAGCCCGGUCGUGGCAAGUUCCCCGAGGUCGACCCGACGGCUAUGGAGGGAGAGGACUACAACAUGUGCCACUUCUGGAGUAAUUUCGAGAUUGCGCGCUUCGACUUCUAUCGCAGCAAGCAGUAUACCGAUUUCUUUGAGACGCUAGACCGCAGCGGUGGAUUCUGGACCGAACGGUGGGGAGAUGCACCCGUCCACUCGCUCGCCGCCGGCGUUUUCCUUGGUCCCGCAGACCUCCACUACUUCCGCGACAUCGGCUACCGGCACACCACGAUCCAGCACUGCCCGGCCAAUGCCCCGGCCAAGCAGCUCCCCCGGACGCCGUUCAAGGAGCCAUAUCUCGAGGACCAGAAGAAGGCGAAGGAGGAUGACGAGUACUGGGACAAUUGGGACGCAGUGCAGGAGAACGGAGUGGGGUGUCGGUGCAAGUGUGACACCGACAUCACGGACAUCGAGGACAAGAAGGGAAGUUGUCUGUCGGAGUGGGUCAAGGUUGCCGGAGGGUUCACAUCUCCAUAAUCGGGGAUGGAUGGGGAUAAUACACAAUACGCGAUGAAAAGACAUACGAUCACCCCCCUCCCCCCCACUCAUUCACACGCCAUGGCAGAA